AUUAAUGAGCUCCUUGCCCCAGUCGUCGAUAAAAUCACUCCCGCCGGUCGGUGUGCGAGUACGUCGAUAGUCGCGAGAUGGCAACGACUGCGUCCCGACAUCGCUCGGUUCGCGCUUGCGCAGUGCGCGCAAACGAUCCAUCAGUAGUGAAAAGCGUUGUGUGUUGUACGAACAGAGUUAUCACGGUGAUGCGUGGUAAAAUCGGUGUAUCUGUUGCAUCGAGAACGCGAAUAAUCGUGCACCGUGGUACUAUGUAGUCACAGAUAUCGGAAUUUGGUCGAAAUUAUGCGGAAUUUCUAUCCGCGAACAUGGUCGAUCACUCGUACCGAAUGAACGGAGAGGUUAAGAACUCGUUUUCCUCCGGCUUUGCCGAGAAGGUGCACCACGACUGGGUGAAAUCGGAGAACCCGGAGACAAUUGUGACGUGCAAGCAGACGAACGAUGUGUUGAUCUUCACGAAUAAGAGUCUCUAUUGUCGUUCGACCAGUAACAAUUAAUAUUGGUAAUGUUAUGGGCAAUUGUCAAAGGAUUAUCGAACACCGUUAUGGAGUAACAUUGGUAGUUACAUUGAUAGUUUAUGAAAUCAGAUACAGGUGUAGUAAUUGUCAAAGGGUUUGUUGCGCUCAUUUAGGUAAACAGUUACAAAGAAUAGUAUUAACACUGGACCAGAACCGAAGGAAUUUCUCAUUAAGAUCUGUUAUGCAUAAUACCACAAGUAUCGGGGUCACCAACGGCCAGGAAUGGUACAAUUCAGAACUGAAGAAGACAAAUGGGAACGACAAUGCAAUAAAGGAGAUGCAUUACUUUGUCAAAAUUUGCUUUGUUGCCAAUAGAUAUGGCACGUACCGACAGAAUGUCAUUUUUUACUUUGGAGACUAUCCAGUUAUACUCCAAAGGAUCUGCAUGGAUUGUUUGCCAACCAAAGACUUCACCAGGAUUCACGAAGCCACCAAUUACCAGUUCUCACAGAAUCCAAAGACAUGGAAUAACGAAACGACACAAAUUUGCUGGUUUGAGUCGCCUUUUGUGGCGGCGAAGGAUCCAAAGGCAGACAAACUGUCCAUGAUCUAUCCGUACCCGGAUAGAAGUAACUUUUUCUUGACUCAAGAAUCUCUCACGGAUGAUCGCCUAACGCCAGAGAAUUACAGAGGUCGUCUUCACGAGUUGAUCACUGUGGAAGAGCUAGCCAGACAUGAACAGAUAGCUAGAUAUAACGAGACUUCGUACAUGCGCCUUCUCACUCACUAUGUUUUGACUUCUGCUGGUGAUGGGUCAACCAUUGCCAAAUAUGCGCCACCUGGUGAGCUCUUUGCUCAGCUGCCGCUAAGCCGCAGUAUCUCAGAGGAUACGAAAAGCGGCAGGCUGUUCCUGAGAGGUUGCAAUAAAGUGCUCUUCAAGUGUUUAUCGCCAUCCUCGAAAAUAAUAUUCGAGGCGCACAUAGAGGACAAAUGCACGCAGACAGUAUACGUUAGACUGUCGAAAGACUGUGUGCACAAAUUGAACUUGGUGGCCAACAUGGAUCUGCACGUGCAAGUGCAAUUUUUAUUGAACCGCUUGCCUUUCUGCGAGUGGCACAAAACCGUGGAUAGCUUGCCCGAUAUUGGCCUAGUGUUUCUAAACAAAAUUCACAUGGAUAUGAAGGAGAGCAGCUUCAUAGAUCUGUUGAGCAGAAACGCCAUCAAUUUCAGAUUUUCUUUGUUGAACGCGGAGCAGAAAAGAGCACUGGCGGUAAUAACGGCAUCCACCAAGAUUUCCAUGCCACCGAUCUUGUUACUAGGACCAUUUGGAACAGGCAAAACGUUCACCAUUGCUCAGGCAUUGCGACUAUUGUUGACAAAGAACUCGGAUUAUAAAAUACUGCUGUGCACGCACAGCAACAGCGCGGCAGACCUCUAUGUCAAGGAAUUCUUCGACAUUUGGUAUAAAUCUGAAAAGAAUCCGCGUCUGAAGCCAGUUAGAAUUUAUUACAAAGGUAGAGCCAGGAACACGGUACACCCGGUGGUUCAGGAGUACAGUCUAAUGAAAGAGAACGGUACGUUUCGCAACCCGACCGAGGAAGACCUGAGGGAUUGCGCUCUGAUCGUGACCACUUUGGCCACGUCUAGCUCCCUCACCAGUUUGAACGUGUCGUUCACGCACAUAGUGAUCGACGAAGCCGCCCAGGCGCUGGAAUGCGAGGUCCUCAUACCUCUGGCCCUGGCCACUCCGCAAACUCGCUUAGUCCUCGCCGGUGAUCAGAUGCAACUUGCCCCAGAAAUAUACAGCGAUCUGGCUAACGAACGUGGUCUGGGCAUAAGUUUACUGGAAAGGAUCUACGGAAUGUAUCCGCAAACCCAUCCGUGCAGGAUUCACCUGCACCAGAAUUACCGUGCUCACGAGGACAUCAUCAAGUUCAUCUCGGACAUGUUCUACGAUGGAAUCGUGAAGCCUGCUAACAAAACGUUGGUACAGCAUCCCAUAUUAAAGCCCUUGACCUUUUACGCCGUUCAAGGCGUGGAGAUACAGGACAUCCAUUCGACAGGCUACGCGAACAUGAGCGAGGUGUACGAGUUGGUGAAUCGCGUGCAGGAGCUACGAAACAACUGGCCGACAGACCGUUGGGGCAUUUAUGGCGAGAAGUCGAUCGGCGUGCUCGUCUAUUACGCGGAGCAGGUGCAGAGGAUCCGCGCGGAGCUGAGGGAGCGCAGGAUGAUGGACGUGUCUGUGGAGAGAGUACUGAACGUUCAGGGGAAACAGUUCACCGCCGUGUUCAUCAGCACGGUGCGCACCAGGCAUUGCUGUCGAUACUCGGCGGAGAGGAACGUGAAGGACUAUGGCUUCCUGACCAACCCCAGGCUUCUCAACACGGCCAUGACGCGUGCCAAGUGUCUGGUGGCGGUGGUGGGCGAUCCUGUCGCUCUGUUCACCAUCGGCUCCUGCAGGAAGCUUUGGCAGAGAUACCUGGAGAUCGCUGAUCUAUACGGCAUCGACAGAGAAACGCUGAAGCACCAUCUGAGCCUGGUACCGGAGCUUCCGUUGAUCGCCCCGCUGAACCCGUUGGCCAGAGAGUUUAUACCGAGAAGCAACUUCUGCAUGGUGGAGUACGUGCCGGUUCCUAUUAUGUACCCGACGAUGAUGGUUCCCGUAGUGGCAAUUAACGGAGAAACAUUGAGAAUUUGUGAAUCGGUGCAACACCAGCUGAUAAUAACGAUGGGUUGGAAAGGUUAAACUGGUUGAUAAUCGACGAUGUCUUAUAUGUAUAUAUAUAUAUCUCUCUCUGUGUCGGUUUUUGGGAUUACUAAUCCAUUGGAGUGUCUCUCUAUUUCUGUGAAUAGAUUUUAAAGAACUAACUAACUGUUGCUACAUUAGAUUGAAUUUCUGUUCUUGAUCUUACGAUGUGCCCUCGAAAACUCGAUGUCUAUUAUAGAUUGUAUCAUUUCGUUAUCGUUUGGCCUUUGGUCUGUUUCUCAGAGAUGCAUCUGUUUGGAGACUGUGCAGCUUAUGUUACGACACCACACGUACCGAUCUAUUAUAGAAAUAUAUUUUUUACUAGUCCCACGUAGCCUGUGAAUCUUUCAAUCCCCUUCUCGAUCCUCCUAUAACGCGUAACGUUAAAUUACGAUGCUUCUCAAAAGGUUAAUCGUUUCUUUGGUCAUCAAGUAAGAAAACUAAAAGAUUCUCUCUUCUUAGCCAACUUUUCCAUAAUAAGAUGUAUCUUUUGUUUGUCAUCAAACACAACCGCUCAAGUUUAAUCCAGUAAGACGAACAGAGAAAGAAAUUUAAUAUAACUUACUUGUUCUAUGAUAUGUAACAUUAUAUAUAUAUAUGAUACUAUUAUAUGAUAAUAAUAUAACAUAGAAUAAUACAAUUAAAAGCGACGAUAUAUUUUAAAAAUUACGUGAUGUACUAGGA